CAGCUCAAUCACGAUGUUCCGUGCAACACGGUCGGAGGAAGCAGCAUUGCGUAACAUAAUCAUCCGAAGAAUAAUUCGAUGUCUGUUGCCGAAAUGGAUGAACGAUGUACAUCCGGAGCAACUCGUCUUCCUUGGUUCAGUUUGAUUGCUGGUGUUGUGUUUGGCGAUUGUUGCAAUUCUUCGCAGCUAUGGCGGAUCAACAGACAGCGGAGCUUCGCAAUGACCUGCCCCGUGUUGUAGACGGUCCUAGUCCUAUCGCGCUUUUUCUCCUGCAAGGACUAUGUGGAGCGGCGGUUGUGGUUGGGAUGAAGGCUCUCCCGGAUUACUACGGAAUGAACCUCGUCGCACAUCCUGUUGCGACAAUCCAGCUUUCCCUGGCUGUGACUUUGCCGACAGUGAUCGUAGCGCAUUCUUUGAUGAUGGUCUUCUCUUCAAGUCCAAGACCGGCCUGGCGGUGUAUCGGUGGUGGCCUUAUUAGCCUCCCUGUAGGAGCGUUACUGGCUGCGCUUUUGGCUCUAGCAUUUGGUGCACCAGCCUCUCUACAGUAUGCAUCUGGAACGUUUCAUUGGGCCUGUCUCAUGUCAGUGCUUGUGGCACUACCCGCUGCAAUAGUACUUGGAAGUUUUUGGCCAGACUGGCAACGGAUAUUUGCAUUCACUAGACCAAGGGGAGGAAUGGAAAGAGCAAUUUGCAUUCCAGCACACGGAGCUGUAAUAGGUGCUUGGAUCGGAGCUUUUCCAAUGCCUCUGGACUGGGAGCGCCCAUGGCAGGAAUGGCCCAUCAGUUGCACGUAUGGUGCAGUAGGAGGCUACCUCAUUGGACUGACUGUCUCCAUGCUGCUCUUGUUUAUACAUCCUAGAGAUGUUCGAUCAAAGGUAGAUUAAACUCAGGUAUAAUAGAAGUCUUACAAUGAGGGUUGGGUUUACUUGGUAUAUGCGAUUUCAUAUUAAAGCAUAUUUACAUUCACAGAAGUGUAUUAUUAUGAUUGGCAAGAAUUGGCAUUUGGAGGCUUACACUACACGUGAUUAAAUGAAGGAAAAGUUCUGAGGUGA